GCGCCACGCCGCCCCCGUCUCCGCCCCCGUCUCCUCCCCCGUACGGACACGCGUCAUUCGCCAACCUCUUUCUCGAGUCGGAGGCGUGAACUGAGCCGGGAAUAUCCAGAACCCUUUCCUGCAUCUGUUCAACAUAAACAAAAAAAAAUCUAUCGCUUGUACGGCAGAUCAGAAAGCACCAACGGGGUGGAAGCAACACAGAGAUCAGGACUUCGCUCACUCCAGUCGGUGGGUGCUCCCAAGGACUAAGAUCCCACAGGAAGUGUCUAACAUCAGCUGAUCUGACCGCCACAGUCCGCAGGACAACUUUAAUCAAGAAGCUUGGCAAAUAUCAAGGUUCAGCAGCGAGUUCCCUGCGAUGUCUUUGCCACGGACCCUUGGUGAGCUCCAACUGUACCGUGUCCUGCAGAAGGCCCAUCUGCUGCCUUAUUAUAAUUCCUUUAUCCAACAGGGAGGGGAUGAUGUGCAGCAGCUCAGUGAGGCAGGAGAGGAGGAGUUCCUGGAAAUCAUGGCCCUGGUUGGCAUGGCGACGAAGCCUCUCCAUGUGCGAAGGCUCCAGAAGGCCUUGCAGGAGUGGGUCGUGAACCCAGUGGUUUUCAACCAGCCUCUGGCCUCUGUUCCGCUCAGUAGCUUCUCUGCGUCAAAACUGAUAAAUUCAUCUUCACGGGAGUCAAAGAAGAGACCGGUCAGCAGCAGCAGCACAGGCGCUGCUCCUGCAAAGCAAGUCAAACAUCGGCAGAGUUUCAUCACUGCAUCAGCAAGGAGCAUCAGCCCCAACUCCCCGUCUGAUGGGAGGAAGAAGUUUUCUGGCGAAGAGUGCCAACCGCCAGAGCCUGACAGCAGCCUCCCAAGGGACGACCCCACAUCUCCCCGAGACAGCCCCACCCAACUGGACCUUGCUACAGCGCAGACGAUUGCAGAGAGCGUCCGGCACAUAAUAAACACCUUCCCCAAAAGUUACCCCGCGGAACUUUUGAAACUGAACAAAAAGUUGGCAAAAUCCGUCGGUCCCAUCUUCCAGGCGGAGGAGGAGGAGGAGGAGGAUAGCAGGAAGUCCAGUGGGCGAUUCGAGUGGAAGCGCGGGAACAGCAGGCAGCUGUCAAAACACAAGUUGACCAACAAUGAGGCGGCUGCUCCGUUUUGCAUGGUGGAUAGCAACUUACUGAUUGGGAGAGUCGAUUUCCUUUCACUGGCUCGACUGGUGGCUCAGAGGCAAGCACGAUUAAACUCAGAUGAAGUCAAUGUGAAGAAUAUGAAACUUGAGAACCACUUAGAAUCUGGCUUGAGGCCAAUGUUGAUACAGAGUCAAACAGAAUUCAUCAAACACCAAGGCAAAGCUUCAGCAGGGUCCAGAUGCAUCAAAGAGGAGGAUACUGAAAGCCUAUCCAGGGAUAUCCUCUCUGGACAAAUGCAGGAAGCAGAGAGUGGGACAUAUCUGAAAACUGUCAUUCGGCCUCUCUAAUAUCGAGAAUAAUAAUAUCGAGAACGUACUGAACACAGUGAAAAAGAGAGCAGGAGGACAGUGAAAUAACUAAACCAAAGGAUGUAAUGAAACCAUAAAAUUAAAGGCUGAAGUAAAUGGAUUUGAAUAUGAUCACAUCAGGAUUUAAUGCUCACCAUUUUCUCAGAUCUCUCAGGGGCCUACUCCAUCUAGCAAGUUUGAAGUUAACUCCUCCACUUAAAUGCAUUUUUUGUCUAAUUCUACUUUUGGAAAAUGACAACUGCAGCCUGUGUUGACACUGCACUGUGGAACGACAGGUAACUCAGAUCAGGUGCUUCUGCAAAUGGGAUCUGGGUCAUUCUACAAGAAUCCUGCUCCAUUCCAACUUCACGUUUAUCCACUACUGUUCUUGUACAAAGACAUUUGAGAUAUAACUGCAUCUUCCACAUCGACAAGCCAGGUCUUUAUACUGUCAACUUUUACAGAGUUUCCCUCUGCUAAUGGCUAGCUGAAAGUGAUUGGAAGGAGAGAGAGUUGGUUCUGGUUUUCAGUAAGUCUGAGGCUAGCAAUAGGGUACUGGAACACCCAACAGAGAUAAUGUUAUAAGUCUGUAUGAUUCACUUCACACUUAGCAGUAUGUUUACUGAGUACUUUGAGGGGGAUUUGAACCUGUGUGUUGUAGGGUAAUUAAUUAACAUUUGAGAACUGAAUUCGUGAUGCAGAGAUUGAACAUUGUGUGGAUGAUGCUGAUAGAUUUGAAGUUACGGUGAGUUGUACAAAAACAACCCUCAAAGGUGGGAGACAUAAAAACUGCAGAUGCUGGAAUCCAAGGUAGGCAAACAGGAGGCUGGAAGCGCACAGCAAGCCAGGCAGCAUCUGGGGGAAAGGAGCAGUCAACAUUUUGGGUAUUACACUACUUCAGGACUGGAGACUCCUGGCCUGCUGUGUUCUUCCAGCCUCCUGUUUGUCUACCUUGAAGGUGGGAGUUGACCUGUUGCUCAGACAAUGGAGUGAAAUAAAAUUAUCACUUGUCUAUCUUAAGUCUCUUGCACAAUGCAAUUACUCAGUGCCCUUGAACAUUGAUUUCAGUUUGCUUUAUGUCUACAAAUAUUCCAGAUCCUUAUUUGAAUUUAUUAAUUUAGUGAAGGAAACAAAUUGAGAUUUUUUGUUUGCCAAUGAUACCAAACUAACAGUGUGGGAAUCAAAAGCUCUAUAACUCAAUCAGUAUUCAAACAAAUAAGCAAAAGCUAUCACAUUCUCCACCUGUUACAACCUCUGCUUUAUCCUAGCUUAUGUUUCUUUUUUAAUUGUGGGGGAAGCUGUAGUUUAUUAAAAUUCAUAAUCACGCUUGCUGAGAGACAAGUGCGACAUUUAUAUUACACUGCAAGUGAUUCCUUAGUGUGUUUCUGUUAGGAGGAGAGAUUCUGACUGUCAGUGACAAAUGAUAAAUAACUGAGCAUGCUCAACUGCAACCGUCUAUUUCUGCAGAGGAGAGGUGGAGGAAUGGUGAUGUGUUGGGAGUGUGCAGGCGAAGAGGUUUGAACAGACCAGCAGGAUAAAAAUUAUGUUGCUGGAUUGUAUUGGAUUAGCUGGGAGCCUGGCUUAUAUCAUGUGGACUUGGUGCUUGAGUUGCACUUGAUUAACUGAUGCCUUGGCCUGCAGGGGUAAGUUGAAAGCUCAGCUUGGCCACAUCUAGGCCAAAUGGUAGCAGGUGCUGUGCGUUUGCUACCACUAGGAUAUUCUAACUCCUAGGUGACAGGAAAGUAUUGAGAAAGUCUGUGCUGCCGAACACACUGGGACAACCAGUGUACUGCUACAUCCAGUUGAAAUAGUAUUUUGCAAAAGUACUUUCUUGCAGGAGAAAGAGGCAUGAGUAUCUAAAUAUAUGUCAACACAUAGGAAUUUUGUAAACAUAUUUUUAUGAAGUCCAUGCACUUCUAAAGCAAGCCACAACAUAGGACAUCCUGAUUCAUACCUGCAAAGAGUCAAGCCAGAUUUUACACUGAGCUACUGCCGUUUCUGGUUUGGAACAAGGGAUCAGGACGCUGCAUAAGGAUCACUGGAUUUAAUUCAGUGUUUGGUUGCAGAGACAACACGGAGAGCACCAAAAUCCUAUCUCCUUCCUGCUGCUAGAUUGUGGGUCCCAGUAUAAAGAUCAACUAUAAUCAACAAUAAAUGGAUGCAACGGACAGCACCAUGCACAGAAACAUUAGCCUGUGGUGAAACACUGCUCUCCACUCUCACUGAGUCACUGCUGCAGUCAGGUAUGGCAGGAGAGGGAAAGCAGAGAGUUGGCUGUACGUGGAGGGAGAUUGCAGUCUGUAGAACUGGUUCAUGAUGUGGUUAAUUUUAUACCUUGUUCUUGCUUCUUAAAAUGCAUUGUUUCAUUGUAGGUAUGAAUUGAUUUAUUUUUAUAACACAAUGUUAAAUAUAACUUGUUUUUACCAUGUACGCAUUCAUUUAAGCUUCAAGAAUGGACAACAGACAGGCCAAAGUCUGCCAAAAGAGAGAACCAUUAUUUUGGUGGUAUUAGUAUUCAGUAGUUUUACUUGGAUGUUCUAAUUUGUUCACAAUCUUACUUUUCCUUUCCAUGUAAUUUGUUUGCUCUGCUUGUAGUUAAAGGUUUUGAUAAUAGUGAGUUGUGACUAAGGCUGGCCAACACAGACCAGCUAGCUGUUGCCAAAGCAGG